AUGGCGGAAACUAAAAUCAUCUAUCACAUUGAUGAAGAGGAGACUCCGUACUUAGUGAAGAUACCCAUCGGUGCCGAAAGUAUCACCUUGCUGGAUUUUAAGCAAGUUCUGAACAAGCCCAACUAUAAGUUCUUCUUCAAAUCUAUGGACCAGGACUUUGGGGUGGUGAAGGAAGAGAUUUCGGACGAUGGCGCCAAGUUGCCGUGCUUUAAUGGUCGUGUGGUGUCCUGGCUGGUGUCGUCGGACGCUCCGGCGACAGAGCCCGCAGCUGCACCGGCGGCGCUUCCCGCCGUGGAGACGCCCGCCCAGCCGUCACCUCCUCCGCCACCGCUCCCGCCCCCGCCCGCCGAGAGGACCGGGGGCAUCGGGGACUCCAGACCGCCAUCCUUCCAUCCCAACGCGACGGGCAGCGUGGAGACGCUUGACGAGCAGACGGAAACCGAGUCCGUGGUUUCCUUCAGGAGAGAGCGACCUCGGCACCGGGAGAGCGCCGAGCAACACGGACCUCGGGUGAACGGCCAGAGUCGCCUGGAGCGCCACUUAGCGGGCUACGAGAGCUCCAGCACCAUGAUGAGCAGCGAGUUGGAGACCACCAGCUUCUGCGACUCCGAGGACGACGACACCAUGAGCAGGUUCAGCAGCGCCACCGAACAAAGCACCGCCUCCAGACUCUUGAAACGACAUCGGCGCCGCAGGAAACAGCGCCCCCCUCGCUUGGAAAGGGCUUCCUCCUUCAGCAGUGUGACAGAUUCCACAAUGUCUUUGAACAUCAUCACGGUCACCUUGAACAUGGAGAAGUACAACUUCCUGGGCAUCAGCAUUGUGGGCCAAAGCAACGAAAGGGGCGACGGCGGUAUCUACAUCGGCUCCAUCAUGAAGGGCGGAGCCGUGGCCGCUGACGGACGCAUCGAACCCGGCGACAUGCUCUUGCAGGUCAACGACAUCAACUUUGAGAACAUGAGCAACGACGACGCCGUGCGGGUGCUGCGGGAGAUCGUGCACAAGCCGGGGCCCAUCAUCCUCACCGUGGCCAAGUGCUGGGACCCGUCUCCGCAAGGUUACUUCACUCUGCCGCGUAAUGAACCCAUCCGACCGAUUGACCCCGCCGCUUGGGUCAGCCACUCGGUGGCCAUGACGGGCGCCUACCCGGCUUUCCCGGGCAGCACCUCCCUCAGCACAAUCACCUCCUCCUCCUCCGUCACAGAAACCGAACGAUUCGAUGACUUCAAUUUGUCGCUCCACUCCGACAUGGCGUCCGUGGCCAAGGCCAUGGCCUCGCCGGAGUCCGGGCUGGAAGUCCGGGAUCGCAUGUGGCUCAAAAUCACCAUCCCCAACGCUUUCCUGGGCUCUGACGUGGUCGAGUGGCUCUUCCACCACAUCGAGGGAUUCCAGGACCGCCGCGAAGCCAGGAAGUAUGCCAGCAAUCUGCUGAAGGCCGGCUUCAUCCGUCACACGGUCAACAAGAUCACCUUCUCGGAACAGUGCUAUUAUGUCUUUGGCGAUUUAAGCGACUGCGAGAAUUAUAUGGCCAACCUGUCCCUGAACGACAACGACGGUUCCAGCGGGGCCUCGGACCAGGACACGUUGGCCCCGCUGCCCCUCCCCGGAGCGUCGCCGUGGCCCAUGAUGCACACGUUCCCCUACCAGCCGUACGCCAGCCACCCUUACUCCAGCCAGCCGCCGCCCUACCACGAGCUCACCAGCUACAGCUACACUCCAGGAAGCACCGGCAGCCAGCACAGUGAAGGGAGCCGAAGCAGCGGGUCGACACGAAGCGAAGGCGAGCGACGUCGCGGCGGCAGCAAAGCGCCCGGUAGCGCGACGGGCGGCGGGGAGAAGUCUCCUUGCGACGGCGGCGCCGGCGGCGACUCGCGCUCCGGCAGCGGCAGCGAAUCGGAAUACUCCACCCGGAGCAGCUUGAGGCGGGGCCACGGCUCGGCCGCUCCCAGCGAGCACAGCCACGCCUCCUCCCAGCGCUCGCAUCAUCACCGCAUGCCUCAGCCACCCCCCCACAUGUCGCCCUAUCCUCCGGGCAUCAUGCCUUACAACCCCAUGAUGGUGAUGAUGGUACCCCAGCACCCGGCCAUGGCAGGUGCCCACACCCUUCCUCACGGGCCGCAGCUGCCCACGGCCCCCAUGCACCCCGCGUUGCCGCCGUCCCUCCAAUCGAGUUUGGCCGGACCUCCCGGCGCGCCGCCCACCCGGGACUUGGGCUCCGUGCCCCCCGAGCUGACUGCGUCCCGCCAGUCCUUCCACCUGGCCAUGGGUAACCCGAGCGAGUUCUUUGUGGACGUCAUGUAGUCAUCACGCGGCUCGAUGGUGCUUCUCGCAAGGGCCUAUUGGAUUAAGGGCGCUUGUUCCAAAUUUGGGGAGAACAGGGUUAACAUAUUCAAACGGUCCAUGUGGAAUUGACGUGUCAAGUCGUCUCGUCUGAUUCAAAGCGUACCAAACCGAGCAUUGGACAUAGUCGGUGACUUUUGCGCGCCUUUUCUGGUCAUUGCUCAUUUCCACUUUGCCCCUCCCUGUGUGACUGAAUGUGUGACAUUCCAGAAUGUGCGCGCAUAUGUCAAACACUCAAGGUUACCCUGGUGGGUCACCUUUUUGAGUGCCUUGGUUUUAACACACUCCAGGUACACGACGUCACUCUUCGAAAGAUAUGGUUUUGUACGGCAUUGUUUUACAAUGAACGUGUGUGUGUUUUUCCAUGAUUCAGCACACGGCAAGCUCAAAUGUGAAAGACGAAAAAGUAGUCAAUUUUUUGCUUUGUGACGACAGCCUUCCAUUGUCACUAAUUGUGUAAUUGUGAAGUGUACUGUAUAGAGGGUGCUUUGUGGUACAAGUUGGUAAAAAGAGAGAGACCUUGCAGAAAGCGGUACGUUUAAAAGAAAAAAGAAAAAAAAAAAAAACAUUGUAGAUGUUAACUGUGAUCCACGAGCCUCACACUUGUUUUGUGUUACUGACUCACAUUAUUUACACAUUUCAAUUUUUUUCCUUUUUUACGAGUGACUAUAUAGAUCAUGUAUAACCCAAAUAUCAAGGUGCAAAAUGAAUUCAUUGUUACGCGCCAGAUUGCAUUUUCAUUGACUUGAUUCUGCUGCCUUUGGUGUCAAAAGAAUAAAAAUUGAUUUUGACGCACUA